UCGGUUGAAAAUCCGAAGUGAACCGGGUCAGCUUGAACCCGUUAGGCCCAAAAUAGAAAGUGCAGACUCAUACCCAAUACUGUUGCAAGUUCUUCUCUCUCCGAGAAAGCAGAAACAGAAAGUGAACGCAGGACAACAAAUAUGUCAUUUCAGAUAAUUCUCGGGUCGGCGUCUGCGGCGCGCCGGCAAAUACUGGCGGAGAUGGGACACCGGUUCACGGUCAUGACUGCAGAUAUUGAUGAAAAAAGUAUAAGGAUGGAUAAGCCUGAAGAACUGGUCAUGGUUUUAGCUGAGGCCAAAGCAGAUGCCAUUAUUUCAAGGCUCCAAAGUGAUAGACAAUUGGAUGGGGAUGCUCCUGCAACACUGUUGGUUACCGCAGACACGGUGGUGGUGUAUGAAGGGAUAGUAAGGGAAAAACCAUCCAGCAAGGAAGAAGCAUGGAAGUUUAUCAAAGGCUAUUCCGGCGGUCAAGCAGAAGUUAUAGGAUCUGUACUUGUAACCAACCUUAAAACCGGAAAAAGAAAAGGCGGUUGGCGCAGAGCGGAGGUUUAUUUUCAUGUCAUACCAGAGGAGGUUAUCCAUAGCCUGAUAGAGGAGGGAAUUACGCUCAAUGUUGCUGGUGGUUUGAUGCUGGAACAUCCAUUGAUUUCUCCGUUUGUAGAAGCAGUGAUAGGGACGACUGACACGGUUAUGGGAUUGCCUAAAGAACUUACAGAGAAACUCAUUCAGGAAGCAGUCUAACUGUUGUUUUGGAGUGGUGAGCGGGUUCUUGUUCGAAACAUGUCAGCUGGCUGAUGAAUCUACGAUUUUCGCAAACUCUUAACCCGGUCAUUUUUUAAAUUGUGGGAUUUAAACCCGUUGUUAAUCGCUUCAACUGAGGUUGUUUAAUUAUUUUAACCACAUCAUUAAACAUUUUGAUGAUGAUUUUGGUGA